AUGUUCUCUGUUCUUUUCAUUUUCCUAUUUAUCGGCCGACAUGUGUACGCUACAGGGGAGAUGCCUCGAUGUGGCCGUUUCCCACCGCUAGAGCGUUCAUCUGCGGUUCCAUACGAAGACGCGUCCAUGGAUUUACAAAGCUACAACGAAGGCUUUGAGGACAUAAAUCGUGCAGAAUAUUACCGCAAAUGGCGUGGCUCGUCUGCAUCUUCGUCAGGGCGACCACCAUUCGAGUAUCGAAGGCCUUGUCAAAAUAAAAUAGACGAGGAUCCAAAACACGCCGCAGACACAAGACAAGACUUCGUGACAGUAGCUGGGAUCCCUGUCCACGAUGCUUACGGGGAUGGCAGGAGGGGAUACUAUCACGAAGUAAAUCAUCACGGGAGACUCCCCGGCAACGCCCCGGCCAAUCUUGUAGAAACAACCCCCCAAGACACCUCUAUCGCGAUCAACACCGGAUCAGCUGUUGAACAACUACCCAAAAUUAGGUGCUUCACUCUUGGCAACGUGUUGUGUUUGGGCGGAAUUUCGAUAGUAGCAGCAGCUGUCAUCGCAGGCAUUGUGCUCUUCAUCCUUUACCUCAUUCAACGCGAAAAUCACACUCACUCAUAUUCUGGAAGGAUACCACGUUAUUCUUCACCCCCUAUUAGACCUCGUUUUGGAUGA